GUUCGUGGCGAACUCUGUUGCUGCGCCUGGCGCCAGAUGCCGGGCGGGGGCGUUCUGAGCCAGUCAGGAGAGCGCUUGGGAUCAACACGCGCUCUGGGCGCCAACCCAGCGGGCGUCUGGCGAGCUUCGGCCUCCCAGGCGCCAGGCGUUUAGCCUAAAACGGGCGUUAACGGCCAAGGACCCCGCGAGAUGCGCCCCUGGGGUCCGUGCUCCUGUCAGCGGUAGGCGCUCAAAGCCAUCUCGCCCUUCGCACGGCGCCGCCCGCCUACAUAGACCCCCUCGAGGGCGCCCCCGUCUCCCCGUCCUCCGGCAACUGCUCCCAUACGACCCGAUCCCACCCCCGACAGCGCCCGGAAUAUCCAUCGCCAUGCCCCCCGACAGAUCCUCAGCACAGGCGUCUAUGUACGAUCUCCACCCCCCGGCGCCUCUUUACGGCGUGCACAAGUCUCCGAAGAAAGCGGCCAAUGCCGCCGGGCCCGCGAAGGGAAAGGGCGCCGUCCGCGCCAAAACGGGCUGCUACACCUGCAGAAUAAGACGAAAGAAGUGUGACGAGACGCGCGAUCCCCAGGGCGGGUGCGAGACCUGCAAGCGUCUCCACCUCGAAUGUCUCGGCUUUGGCACCAAACGGCCGGAAUGGAUGCGGGGCGGUAGUCUCGAGCAGAUGCGCGAGCGGAUCAAGGACUUCCUCGCGUCGCAGGGCAUGAUCAAGGGCCAGUCGAGCCUGCAGCGUUCCGUGAACGAACUGCCCGAGAUGUUGAUCCUCUCGCCCCACGGCGUGCCCCUCGAGCACUCGCCGACCUACUCCGCUCGCUCGAUGUCCGUCGAGGACCAUCCUCCUCGGGCUCAACUAUCCUCCGUCCGCUACGACUAUGGCUCCGCCCGAUCUCAGAUAGAUCCCAAUCUGCUCGAGCAUCACUCAAUUUCCCGCCCUAUGACCAAUUCACCGCAUACGUCUUCAGACAAUGAACUCCCGAACGGGUACCCCACGCAUCAUGGUACGGGAUACCACCGCCACGCUCGCGCCCUCCAAGUCCAACCCGGUUCCCUUCUAGGUUAUGUCAUAUCCCACCAACCUCCGCAUUCGACAUACCCGCCGCAAUGUCACCCUAGCCUUGCAAAGACCAGCUCGUUCAGCCCCCUCUAUCACGAGUCGUUCCCCGAUAACCCGGCCGACGACUACUACGACGUCUCGUCCCUUUCCGAUCCACAUCUGGUCGGCUACUAUCAACCGGGCGCACUAAACCAGGACGCGCUGGUCAGCUACUACAUGAACACGGUUGUCAAGAUACAGUACCUCGUUGCGGACCCGUCCGUGUCCGGCGUCAUCCUCCGCUUUAUCAAACAAAGUCCCCUAGCCCACCUUGCCGUCUGCAAGCUGGCCUCCCUCCACCAGAACCCCCGAAAUCGACAGGCGCUGUCCUCCGGCACGGACGAGGAUCUCCCGCUCAUGCUCUCUGAGGCCGCCAGCGCCAUGACGCGUUCCGCUAAACGGCCCGACCUGGGCGCGGCCCUCGCGGCGCUGCAGAUCGUCUCGUGCAUCCUCUUCGCCGGCGGACGAGGCCCGUGGCGCGAUUGGCUGGACAUCGCCUGCCAAUGCGUGAGCAGCAUACUCGACAGCCCCGAGCACGGCAACGCCGCCGACGCGCUGCGCAAGUCGGACGACAUGACGCGCUUCGUGGUCAUGACCACCAUGUGGUUCGACGUCCUCGCGGCGGUGACGCUGAUGCACCCCCCGCGGUUCCUGAAAGAGUACCGGAUCAUUUUCGGCGGCCCGUCCAUCGACGGCGUCAGCUCCAACGGCUCCGACUACUGCGACAUGCGGAUCGUCAUGGGCUGCGAGAACAACGUCGUGCUCGCGUUGGCCGAAAUCUCGGCCCUCGGGCACUGGAAGGAGGUCGAGAAGAAGCACGGCCGGUUGAGCAUGCCCCUCCUGGUGAAGAAGGGUCAGGAGAUCGAGCAGCGGCUUUUGCCGCCGACUCGCGUCCGCGACCCGUACGCGUACACGUCGUCCGCCGAUCGGACGGCCCAAGCGCGACAGGCGACCUCGAACAUCUUCCGCGCGUCCGCCAAGGUCUACCUGCACUCGGUGCUCUCGGGCGACUCGCCGGCCUGCCCGGAGAUCAAGCAAGCCGUACAGGAGACGGUCGACUGUUUCCAGGCGAUGCCGCGCGACGGGCGACGGGAGAUCGUGCGGAUGACGGUGUUCUGCAUCUGCAUCUGCGGUUGUCUCACGGACGAUCUCAAGCAACGGCAGUUCUUGUUGGACUUGCUAGAGGAGCAGGCGAUCGAUCGGGUGGGCAACUGCGAGGAGGUGAAGAACGUGAUGAAGGCCGUGUGGCAUCGGCGGGGGGCGAACCCGCAUAACCCCAUCGUGCCGUGGCGAGACGUCAUGCAGACGACUCUGGGCGGAGACAAAAACCGUCUGCUGCUGCUGGUGUAAGGCGAUCUGCUGCUGUUCUGCCGUGCUGUGAACUCGUGCGCAUGCUAUACUACGAAGUCCGUUGGUUAUUGUUUUUUUCUUCUUUUCUUUUCGCGUUGUCCUCGUAUGCCGUUGCCAUCGUCGCCGUUUCAUCGGAUCUGUAUUUCUACACUUGGCCUGUAUUGCCAGCCCGCACCCGCAAACUGUACCCCGUUGCGACCGUUUGUCUCGGAUGGGUGCCCACGAGCAGAUCUUCU